AUGUCGAACUUUGAGCUGAAUGCCGUGAUCCGCGGCUUCCAGCUCACAUUGGUAGGAACUGUUCGUGCAUUAUCCAACCCUGAACUAUUCAAGUAUGACCAUUUCCGCCAAGCAGGUCUCGCGAUAGCUGUGGGCAUCAUUAUUCAAUUGAUCAUCCAGAUCCCAGUCUUCAUCUACAUCUUAUCAUGGGUGAUCGACCUAGAGGAGGCAGUCUGGGACGACAAGCUUCUCAAUGGCCUUGAGUUCAUGUCCACGUCUGUACUUCAGGUACCUUUCCUGCUCAUGACUUUGAUGCGAUAUGUGACUCCCACGCUGGAUGAAAUCUUCAUGCAGUCAAUUCAAUGGGUGGACGCCACAUACCUCCAGAAACAUAAAGCGGAGGAUCCUAACAAACUUCGCUCCCUAUACUACCCCCAUCUCAUCCAAUACACAACGAAAGCUGGCUCCCGGCCGAUUCCAGAAGCAUUGAAGUCAUUCUUCAACCGCUAUGUGAAGAAGAUUGGCAUGAUGCUCGGCCUCUACCUUCUUUCCAUGGUUGUAAUCAUCGGUCGAUUUGUCAUGCCGGCAGCAAGUUUCUACACGUUCCGAAGCCACGUUGGCUCUGGCCCCGCAGCCGUUAUUUUCGGCGCGGGCUUGUUCCUGCCGAAGAACUGGAUCGUGAUGUUCCUUCACACCUACUUCUCUUCACGCAGUCUGAUGCGUGAGCUUCUCGAACCGUACUUCUGCCGAAUCAAAUUCACCGCCGAGCAAAAGCGUCGGUGGUUCCGAGACCGAGAGGGCGUCCUUUUCGGUUUUGCCUUCGCUUUCACCGUUCUGCUCCGCACUCCAUUUAUUGGCGUAUUGAUGUACGGAGUUGCUGAGGCAUCCACAGCGUACCUUGUCACCAAGAUUACCGACCCGCCUCCAGCUCCCGCCGACAGUGAAAACUUUGCAGAAAGCCAGGUCACCUGGAAGAACAAGCAUGACUUCUUGCGCUUGUCCCUUGACAACCUUGACAAGCUUAACGUGCACACAGAUGAGCGCGAUGACGAGGUCCCUAGCUCUCCUGGGAUCAAGUAUCAGUGA